AGAAAUGUAACCUUCUGGCAACACUGACCCCUUGUGCCAUUAUUACUCACGUAGUAUUUGUAUUCUCUUUGAUUAUAACCGUGGUGAAUUGUGAAUUAAAAAAAUAUUUGUUUGUAAUGUUUGUAUUUCAACUAAAACUAUAACAUAGAGUAAAAUACCAGGUAAAAUACUAUAUUACAAGACAAGAAAAAGUGGCUUAAAGAGUUUCUAUAGAAAACUAAUAUUAAAUCCGAAUUAAUUGUGGUUUAUAAAGUAUCAUCUACUUAUAUUUCAAAACACAAGGAAUAUUUCAAAUACUUACCUAGGUAAUACAUUGUGGGCUCCUUAGAUAAAGUAAUUGAUAGGAAAAACCGAACCUUAAGAUUAGGAAGAGACCAAAUAAAAUCACUUUUAUGGAAAAAUAGUCCAGAACAGUCGACAUGGAGACAAGAUCCUAUGGCGAGUGUCGCUGCUGUUUGGCUAAAGGAAAACAUCGGGACAUUACGAAAGAGUAUUAUGUUAAUGGAAUACGUGAAGUCAUUAUAGAUAAUUUCAUGGAGUGUUUUAAUUUAUUUUUAUCAACAAAUGUGCAGUUGAGCACUUUGAUAUGCUCUUCAUGCGUGUUACGACUUCGAGAUGCAUGCAGCUUCAGGAACCUGGUUGUGAAUACCGAACGGAAACUCCUGGAUGCUCUCACUGAUAGUGAACAAAAACAAACUGUGUUUGUCAAUGUGGCAGCAGGUUUGGCAUCAGAUGAUUACAAUCUUCAUGAGGAAGUUGACAUAAAAAUGGAACCAGUAGAAGAGGUAAAGGAAGAGUUACAAGAUAAUGAAUACUAUGAUAUUGAUGUGGAGCUUGAUGAUGCAGACAGUAUCGAUUACCAUAUAAAAGACCAUGCUAGAGACAAAAGGAAUGGCAGAGACUCUCUGGUGGAUGGUGAAGCAGAAAUACUCGCGAGAUUCGACCCGAAAUCACUGAGGCCGCUGCCGACACGGCUCACGCUGGCAAACACUUGCCCGGAUUAUGUCAAACACUUGAAUCUGUUGAAAGGUACAAUGGUGAUGCCCAAUAUGAUAAAAAAAUUGUUAAAGGAAAAUGAAAAGAAAAAACUUGAAUUAUCUGGGAAUGUAUACAUCACUGAAAAAGUGGCGCAAGUUAUUAAUGCAGCGACGCUUAUAGAGCUCUCCAACAUGACGCCUUUUAAAAGCAGAGGACGGAAUGGUUUUCUUUGCUUUUACUGUCCGAAUGUAUUCGAUAAAGGGAGUAAACUUCGAGAACACACACUAGAACACGACAAAACUGAAACCAGGAAAAUCUUAAAAACAUAUGUUACGGAAAGUUUGAUAGUUAAUGCGGAUAUUACCAACUUAAAGUGCACCAUCUGCGAUGAAGCGCUGCCCAGUCUCGGCGAGCUUAGGACUCAUCUGAUUAAGCACCAUAAAAAGGAAAUCUAUACCGAAUUCACAGACCGAACAAUUCCGUUUAAAUUAUCAGAUAAUAACCAGUUCGAAUGUCAGAUUUGUGCAUGUAGCUUCGUAACAUUUGGAGGUAUUGAAAGGCAUAUGAAUGUACACUUCAGAAACUAUAUAUGUAAAGAUUGCGGCACAGGUUUUGUGACGAAAGCAAGGCUUAAAGUUCACUAUUAUAAUUCGCACGUGGGCGGCGCGUUCCCGUGCGAGAUGUGCGGCAAAACGUUCGGCACUCAGCUCAAACACAAGAAUCAUGUGGACUCGGUGCACAAGAUGGUGAAGCGUUUCAAAUGCAACAAAUGCCCGGAGCGAUUUACAGAAUACGUGUACAGGCAGAGGCAUUUGGUAGAAGUGCACGGCGUUCCUCGCAUAUCGUAUAAAUGCAAUGUAUGCGAAAAAUCAUUCAGCAGGCGAUACAACCUAUCUACACAUAUGAAGAGAGACCAUCUAGAAGAGAGAGAUUUUCAAUGUGAUUUAUGUACAUAUACAUGUUUUUCGAGCAAACAGCUUAGCAUGCACAUGGUCAAACAUAAUGGGGAUAGAAUAUUUGAAUGCUCGGUGUGUAAGAAGUCGUACGCGAGGAAAAAAACCCUGAGUGAACACAUGAAGAUCCACAAUAACGACAGGAGAUUCUCGUGCGCCGUGUGCGGACAGGCGUUCGUCCAAAAGUGUAGCCUGAAAGGACAUAUGAAGACGCAUCACAUUGAGUACAGUUUGUCAUAAUAAAUGUUCUAAAACUA